ACAUCAAGCAUCAAGUAAAACGAAGAAUAUAUAUUUAUAAACAUUCAAAAUUCACGGGGAAAAAAGCUCUUUUUACUUGCUUCAUAUGCUAAUUUUGAAAAUUUGUGAAUCAUGGGCAAAAGAGUGCUACUUUUCGUUCUGAUGUUGAUGGUCAAACAAGGAGAAUUUUGGUCAACGAAAACCUUCGAAAAUCCAAAAUUUACAAUCAUAACGAGAUCAGAAUGGGGAGCGCAACCACCGAAAGGCAAUGUUGGCUCGUUGAAAACGUUACCAGCGACCUACGUUGUCAUUCAUCACGCAGCUUCUCUCAGCUGUACUAAUAGAGCUAUAUGCCAAGCAAGAAUUCGAACUAUUCAGAAUUUUCACAUGAAGACGGAAAAAUUGCAAGAUAUUGGCUUUAAUUUUCUGGUCGGUGAAGAUGGGAAUGUCUACGAAGGACGUGGUUGGGAAAAGGCUGGCGCCCACGCUGAAAACUUCAACGACAAAAGCAUUGGCAUUUGUGUGAUCGGGAAUUUUGACAAAACUAGUCCGAGUCAUGCUACACUCGCUGCAAUAAAAAAUUUAAUUUCCCAUGGAGUUUCCCAAGGUAAGUUGAAUAGCCAGUACAUCUUGAUAGGCCACCGGCAGGCAGAGACAUUAUCUUGUCCAGGGCACUAUCUUUAUCAAUUGAUCCAAACUUGGUCUCAUUGGCGUAAAAUAUCUCAAAACGCCGCAUGAUAAUUUAUUAAAAUUAAUGUCUA